GGAGGUGGAGCCGCUGGGAGGCGGUGCCGAAAGAGGCCGGCUCGGCUUAGUCGCCUCCGCGGCCUUUCACGGAGCUGACGCAGGCGCAAAAAAGGAGAACCCCGCAAGCCGAUAGCUGAGAAAGGAGAGCGGGGCAGCUGCCUGCCCGUGACGGCGCGCCCAUGAGCUGCGAGGUGGUAGUGCUGUACUUUGCAAAAAGUGCCGAAUUAGCCGGUGUCCGCACUGAGACCAUUUCCGUGCCCCAACAGAUAACAUCCCUGCAGCUGUGGGAAGAAAUUGUCAAGAGGCAUUCAAGGCUCGCUGCUAUACAGGAACAAGUCGUCUUUGCUGUCCGCCAGGAAUACGUGCUUCUUGGGGAUCAACUGGUGGUCCUCAACCCAGGGGACGAGGUUGCUGUUAUCCCCCCAAUUAGUGGAGGUUAG